GAUCAAUGGCUCCUGUUUCAUUGCCUCCUGGUUUCCGGUUCCAUCCCACCGACGAGGAACUUGUUUCUUAUUACCUCAAAAGAAAGAUCAAUGGCCAUAGGAUUGAAUUGGAGGUCAUUGCUGAAGUUGAUCUCUACAAAUGUGAGCCUUGGGACUUACCAGGGAAGUCAUUGUUACCAAGCAAAGAUCUGGAAUGGUAUUUCUUCAGUCCAAGAGAUCGAAAAUACCCGAAUGGAUCAAGAACUAAUAGAGCAACACAAGCUGGUUAUUGGAAGGCCACAGGAAAGGAUAGAAAAGUGAACUCCCAAAUGUGCGCAAUUGGGACGAAGAAAACCCUAGUUUACUACAGCGGAAGAGCUCCUCAUGGUAAUCGUAUGGAUUGGGUUAUGCAUGAAUAUCGCCUCAACGAGCGAGAAUGCGAGACUCCCUCUGGUUUGCAGGAUGCGUCCGCGCUCUGUCUUGUGUUCAAGAAGCCUUCAAUUCCCCUAAAGAUGAAUGUGGAGAGUAAUAGCUAUGGUGGUGGUGUAACUAGGAAUAAUCAAAUGGGUAGUGACCAAUGUUCAUCUAGUGUUGAAUUAUAUUCAGAAGGUAGAUGUCAUGAAGAACUUGAUCAUCAGAGCAGCUCGGGUUAUCAUCGUCGACAAAUCCCAAUAAUGGAUACAUGUAAUGCUCUCAGUAAUGUCAAUGACACAAGAGAUCAUGGAACAUGGACACAAUACUUAGUUGAUAUAGCAUUGGAAUGUGCAAGGCUUCAACAAAGGUUCACACUACCACCAUUAGCGGUUGAAAACUUCUCUCAAGCUGCAGGUGGAUUCACUGACCUAAAGAUGCAGCAAUGGAGUACUGCCAUGGGAAAUCAAACCUCGAAUCUUGAGCCUGACAUUUUGCGGGAGAUUCUUUUGGUUACUCAGGCAUCUCAAGAACUUAUAAACCAGUCUAAUGAUCACAAUCUUCAUCAAGUUACAUGGGGUGGAAAUUACACUACUAAUCAGCAUGACUUCAGUUUCAUGGCUGCCAUGGAUGAUAUAAACUCUAUGAGCCAUAACGACAAGCCAUGGAACGGUCCAAGCGCGACGAGGUCAUUAGAGAUUAUGGGAGAUAUUGAUGAAGAUUUCAAGCCAGAGAGAAAUGUAGAGAACUUGAGAUGGGUAGGAAUGUCAAAUGAAGAGUUGGAGAAGAACUUUGGGGAUGAUCGCCACAAGAUUGUUCCUAUAGAAGAUCUAUCAAUCUUGCAGAGAAAUGAUGAUCUUGAAGAAGUUCAAGUGGAGAAUGAGAAUAAUCACAGGAACAUCGGAUUCAAGGAUACCGCUGAUUACUCGAUAGGAUUCACGGAUGAUACCCCAAAUUUCACAGACAACGUGGAAGAUGAUUUACUCUACCACUGAUGAGUUAAAAGGGGGUGUUACUCUAUCACUGAGUUAAAAGG